UUUCUUCUUGAAAAAGAAGAUCAGGCGUGGUUUCAAAUACAACAAAAAAACAGGCACACAUCAUCGACGACUGGGUAAACAGCGAGGACGAAAGGCAAAAAAGCAGUCUCUCACCAAUUUUAAAUCAACAAAACAUUCCUUCCGCCGCGGCCCAAUGUCCCACCCGAAUAAACGUUGGUGUAGGAACCGGAAUAACGUAAGCAGCAUGCUUCCUCUACAUGCGCAAGGCGAUGUCGAGUCACCAGGUACAGGACGCGCCCAUUUCGCUCUCCGACCGCUGAUGCACAUUUUAGGUUCAGACUCCCAGUGGAAUCUAUCGUCAGCUGCAGCAGGAAUACGUUCUACCUCUUCGUCUUCCAGUGCAGACGGAAUUGGCGCGAUAGCAGAAAGAAUCGACCCGGAGACGCUUCCGGUUCGCCAUCCCCGGUCUACGCAGGAUGUGUUAUUGUCUCAGUGCAACACAGUCUUGACUUUUGCGGAGGAUAAUCGCUGGUGGCGCGAAAACCGAUGGUGGCUAAAAUCGUACUGGAACACGACACGAUGGGGCCAGCGCGAGAACGAGGAACCCGCAAACCAGUGCUGCCCAAUUAUCUAG